AUGACGAAGGGUACACAAUCAUUCGGCAAACGUAAUUGCAAGACCCAUACAUUAUGCCGCCGAUGUGGUCGUUCAUCAUAUCAUUUGCAACGACAACGUUGUGCUGCUUGUGGAUUUCCAUCAGCUAAAACACGUAAAUAUCAAUGGAGUGAAAAAGCUCGUCGACGAAAAACAACAGGCACCGGUCGUAUGAGACAUUUAAAAGUGGUUUUUCGUCGAUUUCGAAAUGGUUUUCGUGAAGGAACUCUAGCCAAAUCACGUAAAGGACAACGACAAGCUGCUGGUGCAACAACAACAACAACUGCACCAGCUACAACAAACAAAUAA